CUCAUCAUGAUGCGCGCAGUUCUUCUAUUCGGCUGUUCCCUAUUAAUCGUCGCCAGGGCCAAUAUUCCCGAGGAGCGGGAUGUACUGGUGCUAAAGAAAGACAACUUUGAUGAGGCGUUAAAGCAGUACCCGUUUAUUCUAGUGGAAUUCUAUGCUCCCUGGUGUGGUCACUGCAAGGCACUGGCUCCAGAAUAUGAAAAGGCGGCUGGCGUAUUAAAAAGUGAAGGUUUGCCGAUCCGCCUGGGCAAGGUAGAUGCUACAGAGGAGUCUGAUCUGGCUCAGGAGUUUGGCGUUAGAGGGUACCCAACAAUUAAAUUCUUCAAAAAUGGUGACAAGGCUUCUCCUAAAGAAUAUUCAGCUGGCAGGGAGGCAGCAGACAUUGUCAACUGGCUGAAGAAGCGUACUGGCCCAGCUGCCAGCACUUUAGGUGAUGAGGCAGGUGUUGCAGCUUUGGUGGAUUCCAGCGAAGUCGCAGUUAUUGGUUUCUUUAAGGAUCCAGCGUCAGAGCCAGCUAAAGUGUUCCUACAAGCAGCAGAGGCAGUGGAUGAUAUUCCAUUUGGUAUCACAUCCAGCGAGGCAGCCUUUUCAAAAUAUGAACUUGGCAAGGAUGGCAUUGUUCUGUUUAAGAAGUUUGAUGAAGGCCGAAAUGCAUAUGAGGGAGAUAUCACCAAGGAAGAAGUUUUGAGCUUCAUAAAGGCCAAUCGUUUGCCUCUGGUUAUAGAAUUUACUGAGCAGACUGCUCCAAUGAUCUUUGGUGGAGAGAUUAAGACUCAUAUUCUCUUUUUUUUGCCGAAAAGUGCCUCUGAUUACAAAGAAAAAUUAGAGGACUUUAAAAAGGCAGCUGCAAGCUUCAAAGGAAAGAUCCUCUUCAUCUUUAUUGAUAGUGAUCACACAGACAACCAACGUAUCCUGGAGUUCUUCGGUUUAAAGAAGGAAGAAUGCCCAGCUGUCCGACUUAUAACUUUAGAAGAAGAAAUGACAAAAUACAAGCCAGAGAGUGCUGAUCUCUCAGCUGAGGCAAUUAAAGAGUUCUGUGACAGUUUCUUAGAGGGCAAAGUCAAGCCACAUUUAAUGAGCCAGGAUGUUUCAGAUGACUGGGACAAGAACCCUGUGAAAAUCUUGGUGGGGAAAAACUUUGAGGAAGUUGUCUUUAAUGAGGAGAAGAAUGUAUUUGUAGAAUUCUAUGCUCCAUGGUGUGGGCACUGCAAGCAACUGGCACCCAUCUGGGACCAACUGGGGGAGAAGUAUAAGGACCACGAAAACAUAAUCAUUGCCAAGAUGGAUUCUACAGCAAAUGAGAUAGAAGCUGUUAAGAUUCACAGCUUCCCUACACUGAAGUUUUUCCCUGCUGGGCCAGGAAAGAAUGUGGCUGAUUAUAAUGGUGAAAGAACUCUAGAAGGCUUUUCAAAGUUUUUGGAGAGCGGUGGGCAGGAUGGAGCUGCUGAUGAGGAUCUUGAAGAUUUAGAAGAUGCUGAUGAGUCUGAUUUGGAGGAGGGAGAUGAAGCACAUACAAAAGAUGAAUUAUAAGAAUAAGACUAACUUGCAGAAACCAGAAGACACUAAGAGGGUGGACGUCUAGAAAUGUUACUGUGUCAAAGCUCUGAAAUUGCAGGGAAAUCUCACUUCAGCUGUUUGUCUGAGAGGGAAAAGGGAACUUUUGACCUUGUGUUAAUGGUCGUCAUUUUUUUUUGUUUGUUUUUCCACUGAUGCUAUUUUGUUUAAACCCCUAAUUUGAAUUAUUCUGAUGUCUAGCACUUGAUGCUUUAUGUAACUUUUUUGACUGUUUUUAUUUUUGUUUUUUUUAAUUGUGAGCUUUAUUGUGGAUGGGAUGGAAUGCAUGACUGGUGAGAGCUUAACCUCCUAAGCUGCUGUUUGCUGCCGUAACUAUGGGUAUGGAAUGUGGGUGUCUUGUUUUGGUUUUGUUUUUUUCUCCCUUUUUGCAAGUGUCUCCCUCCAGGACAAAUGGUCACCCAGAUAUUGUGGUUCAGUAUUUAAAACAUUGACGGAAUACUGGUAGAAUCCCCUGUUCCAUUAUUACUACCAACAAUGUAAUUCCAGUGUUCGCUGCUCCCAACCAAACCUUGGUGGUAUAGCUCGGUUAUAAAUGAUACUUCUGUCCUGUCUGGGGCUUGACCCAUCCUCCAAAAGCAAACCUAACCAUUUUCUCUGGACAGGAGGAUGUUUCCAGUAGAAUCUGUUUGAUUCUUGAAGCAUUCCAUCAUAUUUAAGUUGGAACAAAGUGUUGGCCAAAUAAACCUAAUUUUAUUAACAUUUUGUGUUACUGUUUGAUUACUUGCUUGUCUGGGAGAUGUACAAAUUUAUCUGCAUGCAACAAAAUCAACAUUUUUCUUUUUGAUCUGUGAUCACUGUAUGUAGGGGCAGUGAAUUGUAAAGCCCCCGUUGCACUGAAAAUCCAGAGGGAAAUUGUGGUCUGCAUAAAGCCUCAAUAUUGACAUUUAACUUUCAGUAUAUUGUAGGUCAUGGCUGUACAACUGGAGGCUUGUGUCUCCGAUGUGGCCUUCCAAAGGAUCUUAAAUAUGCAGUAUGAGAACUAUUUGACGCAUACAUGUUAGCCUUGCAGAUUAAGUGUUUGCUUUCCUGUUCUACUUCUUUUAACCUUGGAUUUAAAAAGCUGCCCUAGCAACCAGACAGCAUUUGAACUAGAAGUACAGCAUUAAGUUAAAAUAUCAGACUAAAUUCAAAGUUGUGGCAUCUAUUAUCCGGAAUGCUUUGGACCUAGGUUUUUCUGGAUAAGGGAUCUUUUUGUAAUUUAGAUCUCUGUAACAAGUCUGUUUUUACAUAAAAAUAAAAAAGGUAAACAUUAAA